AGAACUAAUGCCCACCUGAGGUUCCAAGUUACCAGUGCCCAGACUGCAAGAAGAUUUUGAAAUCCAUUUCAGGAUUUCGGGGGCAUAUGACCAAACAGCACAAAAAAAGCAGAACAAAAGCAAGUGAUCAUCGAGUAACCCAGAAGGCUAAAGAAGACCACAGAUCACCUGCUGCCGCAACAUUAGUGGACUUCGAGAAGAUUUGUUCCGAGGCUAGUAAGAAAACACUUGAGAAGAUGUGCAACAAUCCAAUGUACAAGUUGUUCGGGGACAAUCGCAUGGAGGUGUUGGCUAGAUUUUGCAGCGACACAGACUUCCUGGAUGCAUUUUUCCUUAACAAACUCAAAGACAUCUUCAGUCUCUCGUUGUGCGAUUCCAGUGAAAGGGAGCUCUUCUUCUCAAGGAUCCAUGAGUUGAGACUGUCUUCCUGUGUUCAAAGUGAAUGUGUUAAUCUAUUCAGUGAAAAAGGAUGUGAAGAAAAGAGAGAAGACAUUAUAAACUUCCUUCAGGACUACAUUCUCGAGAUACCUAGUGAAAUUCUUGGAGGCCUUCUGAAGGAAAACAAGAAAGUGUCCGAGGAACUAUCAUAUCAGAUUUCUACCAAUGACCAAACAAUUCUGUUCUACAUAUCGGGAUUCAUUGUGGCCAACCUGAGGAAGAAGUGUUACCGAAUGUCGAAAGAAAAUCGAUCCGAGAGACUGAAUCUACUUGACAAGCUGACCAGUAAGACCAGCAGUACAAACUUUGAAAAUAGACCGAUCUCGCAGGAUCUCGUGACGUGCGAGAUUUCAGCAGAUUUUCACAGUUCAGUACUAGAGUUGCCAAUCCCGUUAGUAUAUAGGUCCCUGCUAUACCUUUUGACAGUUUGACUU